GACAGAGAAAGGCAUGGAGCCCAUCCUGGCCCUCCUGCUGGCCCUGGGACCCUUCCAGCUCAGCAGAGGCCAGUCCUUCCAGGUGAAUCCUCCUGAGCCUGAGGUAGCUGUAGCCAUGGGCACAUCCCUCCAGAUCAACUGCAGCAUGUCCUGUGACAAGGAUAUAGCCCGGGUGCACUGGCAUGGCCUGGACACCAACCUGGGCAAUGUGCAGACCCUCCCAGGCAGCAGGGUCCUCUCCGUACGAGGCAUGCUGUCAGACACGGGCACUCGUGUAUGCGUGGGUUCCUGUGGGAGUCGAAGCUUUCAGCACUCUGUGAAGAUCCUUGUGUAUGCCUUUCCAGACCAGCUGGAGGUAACCCCGGAGUUCCUUGUACCUGGACGGGACCAGGUAGUGUCCUGCACAGCCCACAACAUCUGGCCUGCAGGCCCGGACAGUCUUUCCUUUGCCUUGCUCCGAGGAGAGCAGAGCCUGGAGGGUGCUCAGGCCCUGGAAACAGAGCAAGAGGAGGAGAUGCAAGAGACUGAGGGCACUCCACUCUUCCAAGUGACACAACGCUGGUUGCUGCCCUCCCUGGGGACCCCCGCCCUUCCCGCCCUUUAUUGCCAGGUCACCAUGCAGCUGCCCAAACUGGUGCUGACACAUAGAAGGAAGAUUCCAGUCCUACAGAGCCAGACCUCACCAGAGCCCCCCAGCACCACCUCUGCUAAGCCAUACAUCCUGACCUCAUCACAUACUACUAAGGCAGUCUCCACUGGGCUCAGCAGUGUAGCCCUGCCUUCUACGCCUCUGAGCUCCGAGGGGCCCUGCUACCCCGAAAUCCACCAGAACCCAGAGGCAGACUGGGAACUUCUCUGCGAAGCCUCCUGUGGGUCUGGAGUGACGGUGCAUUGGACCCUGGCUCCUGGUGACCUGGCAGCCUACCACAAGAGAGAAGCUGGGGCCCAGGCAUGGCUAAGCGUGCUGCCCCUGGGCCCCAUUCCUGAGGGCUGGUUCCAGUGUCGCAUGGACCCUGGCGGGCAGGUGACCAGUCUGUAUGUUACUGGCCAGGUGAUCCCAAACCCCUCCUCCAUGGUCGCCCUGUGGAUUGGCAGCUUGGUGCUGGGGCUGCUUGCACUCGCCUUCCUUGCCUACUGCCUGUGGAAACGCUACCGGCCGGGUCCUCUCCCAGACUCCAGCUCGUGUACGCUCCUAUGAAGUUCCAUUAUGCCAGACUAAGGGAGGCAAAGGAUUACCAGAUGUAGGUUUGGGGCAUCAAGAUGAUAGUGUGGCCCCUUU